AUGGCUGACAACGCUGCUGCCGCUGCUACCCACGUCGACCCGGUCACCGGCGAGAAGGUGUCAAAGUCCGAGCUCAAGCGCCGCAUCAAGCUGCGCGAGAAGGAGGCCAAGAAGGCCGAGAAGGCCGCUGCCGCCCCCAAGGCUGCCAAGGCCGAGAAGACCGACAAGAGCGCCGAGGAUGGCGAGGAGGAGCUGAACCCGAACCAGUACUUUGAGAUCCGCAGCAAGGCCAUCGAGAAGAUGCGUGCUGAGGGCCCGUAUCCGUACCCGCACAAGUUCCACGUCACCAUGUCGGUUCCUGCAUUCAUCGAGAAGUACAGCACGCUGAAGGCGGGCGAGAUCCUGACUGACGUCGAGGUCAGGCUUGCUGGGCGCAUCCACAACAAGCGCGCGUCGGGAGCCAAGCUGCGCUUCUACGACCUGCACUCUGAGGAGAAGCGCGUGCAGGUGAUGGCGUCGGCGGGCGACUCUGAGCGCGAUUUCGCCACUGUUCACGAUGUGCUGCGCCGUGGUGACAUCGUCGGUGUGCGUGGAUAUCCUGGCGUGUCGAAGCGCGGCGAGCUGUCGAUUUUCCCGCGCGACAUCACGCUGCUGGCGCCGUGCCUGCGCACACUGCCCAAGGAGCACUAUGGCCUGCGCGACCAGGAGACGCGCUACCGCCAGCGGUACCUGGAUCUGAUCAUGAACCCGUCGGUGCGCAACAAGUUUGUGUCGCGCGCCAAGAUCGUCAACUACGUGCGCCGGUUCCUGGACAACCUGGGCUUCCUGGAGGUCGAGACGCCGAUGAUGAACAUGAUUGCUGGUGGCGCCACCGCCAAGCCGUUCAUCACCCACCACAACGACCUGAAGCUGGACAUGUUCAUGCGUGUCGCGCCCGAGCUGUACCUGAAGAUGCUCGUCGUUGGUGGUCUGGACCGGGUGUACGAGAUUGGCCGCCAGUUCCGCAACGAGUCGAUUGAUCUGACGCACAACCCCGAGUUCACCACGUGCGAGUUCUACAUGGCAUACGCCGACGUCAACGACCUGAUGGAGAUCACCGAGACCAUGGUCUCGGGCAUGGUCAAGUACAUGUUCGGUGACUACAAGGUCGAGUACCACAAGGACGGCCAGGACAAGCCGCCUCUCGUCAUUGACUUCUCGCCGCCGUUCCGCCGCGUUGACAUGAUUGGCGGUCUCGAGGAGGCCCUCAACGUCAAGUUCCCGCCUGCCUCCGAGCUGCACACUGCCGAGACCAACCAGUUCCUCAGCGAUCUGUGCAAGAAGCACGAUGUGGAGUGCUCGGCGCCGCGCACCAACGCGCGUCUGCUCGACAAGCUGUACCACCGCUCCAUCGAGGGCCUGUGCGAGCGCUUUGAGCUGUUCGUUGCCACCAAGGAGGUGUGCAAUGCCUACACCGAGCUCAACGACCCCAAGGUCCAGCGCGAGCGCUUCGCCCAGCAGGCCGACGACAAGGCUGCCGGCGACGACGAGGCCCAGCUCAUCGACGAGAACUUCUGCACGUCGCUCGAGUACGGCCUGCCGCCCACUGGCGGAUGGGGCAUGGGCAUUGAGCGCCUGUGCAUGUUCCUGACCGACUCGCAGAACAUCAAGGAGGUCAUCUGCUUCCCGGCCAUGAAGCCCGAGGAGACCACCGCCAAGCCUGCUGAUCAGGAGUAA